UCCGCCGCCAACCCUUCUCUUUCAUCACUCGAAACCAGAUCCGAUAACUCGUCCGCCACCUCGCCGUCAGCCAUGCCGGAAUCCGAUUCUCCGAUCAUCCCCAACCCCGAAUCCGGAUUCCAUCCUCUGUGCCAUCUCCUCCUCCACGCCGCCCUCUCCUCCUCCGCCUAUCUCCUCGCCGCCCUCCUCCGUCUCCCCUCCCUCCUCCUCCACGGCCUCCACACCUACAUCCACCCCGACUCCCCCUCCGCCUCCUCCCUCCGAGCCGCCAUACGCCGUCCAGACGCCCCUCCGGAACCCCAGCCCCGGCGUCCCCGUUCCAAACCUCACCUCCGCUCCGACGAUUUCGACGAAUCCAAGGCCCAGCUCCUCCGUCUCCGCCUCUCCGACUCCGACCUCCCUUCUCGCCUUCAUUUCCCCCUCUUCCGCUCCGCCUUCCUCUUCUCCGCUGCCGCCCUCCCCAACCUCGCUCUCCCCCUCUUCCCCCCAAUCCCCUUCCUCGCUGCCGUCCUCGCCUUCUCCUACCUCCUCUUCGCCCUCGUCAAGCUCUCCUUCGAUCGCUCCUCCUCGAAGCAAUCCGAGAAGCAACUAAGCCUUCUCUCCGGAUUCAUAGGUUUCCUAUUCUCUUUCUUCAUUUUGUUCUUUCUCGCUCCCUCACUGCUUGACUUCGAUCUCGGCCAAUCUGAGAUCGCAAGACUCGCGGUGACAACGAUCGCCGGCGCUCUCUCCGUGCUGAUUUUCUCCCCCGCUUUGAGAUUCUCACGGGCAUUUUGGCUGGGGACGGACCAGCUCCGGUGGAACCUCUCCGUCGUCUCCUGCCCUGCCCCCAUUCGGUUCCUCUUGUUCCUUGCCAUUCUAACAAACAUAGCUGCGCCAUUGCUUUGGUUUAAUCCAGUGACGAGUGUGUUUCCUUCCGAGAUUAGGGAAUUCAGAGUUUGGGUUCUCGCUGCCGCUGCUGUUUCACAGCUUGUUGUUCUCCGGUCUAAUGUUCAGAUGUACCUGAAUGAGUCUGUGCUUUGUUGGUAUCAGCGACUGCAUUCAAGCCGGGUGCCGGAUAUGAAUUAUGCUCGGGCGAAGAUUUUCCUUCAUAAUCACUACAUUUGCUUGGUGGUUUUGCAGUAUUUUGCGCCAUCAACAAUGGUGCUGCUGCUGCUGGGGUUGUCCCAGAUGAAAGGAGGGACACCGGAAGAGCCAUGGAGAAAGAACUUUUCAAAGGAAGAUAGGGAGGAACUGGUGUGAACAAAGAUCCCCGAAUCAGUUCUUCCGCGAAGUGUCUGGAGCUUUCGGAGAAGACAGUCAGAGUAGAGAUUACAGGUACUUCUGUUCAAACAUUGAAGUUUACAUAUAUUCUUGGCAGGAAGCCAUGAGAGGAUCUCCAAAAGACAAUCUUGAUUGAGUUCAAUUGGACCAUGAGGCUGGAGAACAAGUUGAUCAUGUUCAACUUCAGUUGGAGGCUUUGAAGACAUGGUGUUUGCUUCUGCUUGCUAAUGAAUAUUAACGUAGCAAUGUUGUG